CUUACAUCCAAAAAGGUUCAGUCUAAAACAAACCGCAACAUAAGACAAGUGUGAAAUUCUAAAUUCUCAACAAAAUAUUAGCACUAAUUCACAAAAGAAACCCUUUAAACCAUGUCAAUUCCCAACUGGCUAACGCAGGACUACAUUGAGGAAGUCCUGAAGCUAUAUCAUCACGAUGUAACUGUGAGAAUAACAAAUUUCGAUAUAAAAGCUGCCUUUGGUAAAGGUGAAAAUUAUGGUGGUGUUAUGACCCGAAUAAAAGUGAGCUACGAUCGCCUUAAUAGCACCAUGAAGGAGGAGAAAAAUUUGCUCGUGAAAAAUUCUUAUGAAGAUGAUGAAUUUGCCAAGGAGAAAAUGAAACCCUAUGACAUUUUCAAUCGUGAAAUGUCUAUCUAUGAUCAGGUGUUGCCCAAGCUGAAUCAACUAAUGGCUGAGAUCGGUGAUAAGGAUCAAUUGUUUGCCAAUGCCUUGUAUACGGAUUACAAGCGACAGGCUUUGAUAUUUGAAGAUCUUUCGCAACAGGGUUUUGUGAUGGCCAAUCGCAUUGAGCGUCUUGAUGUGGAGCACGUCCAGUUGAUCUUGAGGAAAUUGGCAAAAAUGCAUGCGACCUCGGCGGUGCUCAAUGAGCGGGAAAAGGGUUGUUUGGAGAAAUACGAUCGAGGAUUCUUUAACAAAUACACCGAUACAUAUAAGACGUUUUUCGUUAACAACUUCUUGUCGUGUGCUCGAUACUUGCAGAGGCAACCAAAUUCGAAAUAUUAUGCCGAUAAAAUAUUCGCCAUGGAACCGUACUACAUGGAUAUUGGGUUGCGUUGCUUUACGCCCACGAAGGGACAUGUGAAUGUCCUUGCCCAUGGUGAUGUCUGGACAAACAAUGUUAUGUUCAAAUAUGAUCCGGAAACCAAGAAGCCUAUUGAUGUAAUAUUAAUUGAUUUCCAAUACUCCUUUUGGGGUUCUCCGGCCUUGGAUUUACAUCAUUUCUUUAAUACAUCGUUGAAGGAACCGUUGCGUAGGAAUCAUCAGGAUGCCUUGUUUCAAUAUUAUCAUCAUUGGUUUACGGAGACUCUGGGGAAACUGAAAUAUUCCUCCAGUCCCAUACCAAGUUUGAAGACGUUCCAUCAACAUGUCGAACAGAAGAGAUUUUUUGCCUUGCAUUCGGGAGUUGUCAUCCAACCAGUCAUGUUGAAUCAAGAUCCAACCGAUGCUGAUUAUCAGGCUUUAAUGGAUGUAGAUGAGAAGGCCAUGAAUUUCAAAGCCCGUCUUUAUAACAAUAAUCCCAUUAUACAGGAAAAUCUCAAAUUCCUAUUGCCAUAUUUUGACCACAAAGGACUUUUGGAGGUCGAUCAAUGAGGAGUUUGUUUGGAAAGAAUUGGAAGGAGUACUUAAUUUUAAGGUUUAUUUUGAACCCCAGAUUUGGUUACAUAAAAAAAUAUUAUUCGUAAUUAGAGGAAAAUAAAUGGUAAGCAGUUAUACUUCUGCAGGGGAAAGAGGUGGAAAAUAAUCAAGAAAUCC